AUUGAUGCUGUUCUAACAAAGGGUGGCAGCGCUAGCAAAGCUUGUAGAGCUUACUAACACUAGUGGCUUGGAAGAAAAUCUCGACGCCAAAUGUUAGCGGGAAAUUGUCCUUAUUUCUACUAAUGCCAAGUUGUGAUCCAUCGCCAUGAACUCGCAGGUUAUGUACCACAAUGUGCCCACUCCUCCGGGCAACGUAUCCUUGGCGGCAGCCGCUCCCGAUGGCGGUUUGCUGUACGCCGGCAUACGCUGCAUCAACUACAUAUCCGCCCCGCCGGCGAGCGGCGAGCAGCCCCAAGUGGUGACCAUGUCGACGCGCAUCAAUAUCCUGGCCCUCGACGUGAGUCCCAUGUGGGCUAAUGGCAGCGGAAAUGCAAAUGGGAAUCCAGCUAAACCAUUCGCCAUAGUCGGCGAUGACCUGAGCGUCCAGGUCUGGGACUGCGGACUAGGAGAGGCCAUCAUCGGCCACAAGGCCCACCAGCAUCAGCACGAGGCGCGGGAUGUGCGAGCCGUACACCACACCACCAGUUCCGUUCUGAUGAGCUACCUGGCCAACGGCAACAUACUCUCCAUGGACGCCAGCGACCUGGUCAUCUACUGCGUCGCCUCCAACACCUACUGCCGCCGACCCACUUUCAUUUCGCCCCGAAACCAUCAGCUCACCAUGGUGCGCUGCUCCCCCUACAACGACAACCUGUUCGCCGUGGGAACAGCAAUGGGCAACGUGUUGGUCUGCGACCUGCGCAAAAUGAACAUCGUCUACAAGUUCCACGGCCACAAGGCGCCCAUAUGCGGCCUGGCCUGGCGGGAGGUGCCUGCUCCGCAGGAGGAGAACCUCAACAAUCUGGCCUCAAGGGCCGAACAAUGGCGAAGCCGCAAUGGGGAACAGAAUGAGAAGCCCAAGGCGAAGCCACCACCGCUGUCGAAAUCCCGGGCAGCCGAGUCCGACGACUUGUUCGACAUUUACAAUUUUGAUCACCUGGAGUGCGAGUUCGGAGCACCUGUCGCUGCGCGUCGCCAAUCCUCUGAAGACUGCGGCGGCGGGUUUGUGGGCCUGGAGAAGCCAGCCGGAGCCGCUGCCCUGGAUUUCGUUGAAGCCUGCGAAAGCGUAAAGGCGGAUCUGUUGGCGAAUCGUCAAGCGGAAAACACCCAGCACGUGGAGGUCACCCUAACCGACUGUGAGCCAACAAAGCCCACCGGUCCGUUGAGUGAUGCCAGCACCAUUAGCAACAAACACGAUUUCAGCGAUUCCACCGAAGGCAGUCUUGAGGUCAUCCAGUACAGCUCCUCCAGCGACGAUGCCGUGAUUGUUGAUGGCGAGGCGGCCAAGCCGAAAAGAGAAGUACUGCAUCACAUCUACCACCAGGCCGAGGUACACGCCUCAGAAGCUCCCCUGCCAAAGACCGAGCCCGCGAGCAAUCUCCAGGUGGUGCCGGCCAUCAGCACGGAGACCAUCAGCUCGGCUUCUGGAAAAAGCUCUCGGUUGGACACUUUACUGGUUUCCAUUGACGGAGAUGAGGUGAUGAUGAUUUGGAAUACGAAUACAGGAGCGCAUGCGGGCAAGAACUACAGCAAGAGCAAGGCGGCAGGCAAGCUUAACAACGUCUACUGGCUAAACGACCAGGUAAUUGUUUCCCUGAGCCGCCAUCAGCUGUUCUUCUGGUCACUGGAGUUCGAGCGGAAGAUGCUUCGCUACAAGAUCAGCAGGGACAGAGCACACAGUUGCCAGCUGCAGGACAUUGUGUCGUUUUCUUGUGACCCAAGCAAAGAGAUGAUUUGGCUCUGCAGGAACAAUCGUCAGAUUGGAAUGAUGAAUCCCCUGACUGGCCAAGUGAGUGCCUUUUACGGCACUGUGGCAUUCGGAGUGCGAGCGAUGGCCGAGUGUCCGGAUGAUAUGAACAAAAUCGCUUUGGGCUGUUCGGACCGCCGGGUGGCCUUCUUUGAUAUAUCAAAGCUUUCGUCCAGCUGCCUUCCCAUCGAUAGCGUCUAUGUGACCAGUAAUGUUUACUCCCUGGCCUGGAGUCCGAACUGCUUGGAACUGGCCUUUGGUACCUUUGACGGAACAGUGGGCAUCCUUGAUGUGGAGCGCAUGAAGGUGAAAACGCAUUUACGGACGCCCCACAAAAAGGAAGUCUACUCCCUGGUGUGGCAGGACCAUUACAUUUACUUCAUUGUAAAUCGCGUGUUCGGGUUUUUCGACUUAAGCAGAUCAAAAACUGACCCCAUAGUUGUGAACUGCAUUUCUCGACCCAGCUAUCUAAGCGUGCGUGGAUCCUUCCUUUUUGUGGGCACCGAUGAUGGACUCCUGCAGCUCCAUGAGCGAGAUUCCGGAAUGGACAAGUCCUGGACGCCGUUCAUCCGCCAGUCAGCUCUGUUUGCUCGUUAUGUGACCGACAUAGCCUGGAGUCCGUUGGACAGCAAUGUGUUUGCUGUGGCCGGCAACGACAAGUUCGUGUACGUGAUGGAGUUUCAGCAGUCGGAGCGCAAGUGGAUAACGCAGCACACUUUCACGGCAAACGCGGAGAAGGCAUCGAUAACCUCGCUAAAGUGGAGCCAUACCCAAAAGCAUUUGCUGCUCACGUUCCACAUCGAGGGAAAGGUUUGCCUGUGGAACUGCAACGAGCCGGAGAAGCCACCGCUGACCAUCACCUACCACUGCCCCAUGUGGUGUGGAAUGUUUUUGCCCACCGACGAGAACAUAAUUAUGUGCUCGGGAAAGGCGCUCUCUGUGGAGCUACUCAACAUUAAAGACGCCUUGUCUGGCGAUGAGAGAAACAUCUGCCCCAAGGUGGAUGCCCUGUUGAACGUUAAGUGGGCUAGCAAGUCCCUGACACAGCCCUUUGCCCCAGCUCUCACAGCGGCUGACAAAAAGCGACAGAGGCGCGAUCAACGCAAGGCGGCAGUCAAGCCAGAAGUUGAGCCAGUUGCCACCAAGGAAGUGAAGAAGAUUGAAGUGAAUGAAACCCCUGUGAACGACACACCAGCUAAUGAGACUCCAGUGGAGGAGCUGCUGGGCGCUCUUAGCUUGGACAAAAAGACCAACAAAAUGAACACAAGGGAGUGCACAAAGUGCAAGGAACGAGAGGCCAAUCUGCCCCCCGAUAGUUUCCUCACUCAUAGCCGCACCUGUCUCUACCUCGCCCAAAAAGAGCUCAACAAGAGCGCACUGGAGAAGCUGGCCAUUGUUCUUACAGAAGAUGCGGCCAAGAUUGACAAGUCAGUUCUCAUGUCGAAGCUUUUCAGUACCAAGGUGAUGGCUAAAGAGCUCAUUGCCACAGAGUUGACCAAUCUGAAGCAGUCGAACACAAGAGACAUAGCCCCUCUUUGUCUGGCAUUAUCUACGUUCAAGUUGCGCGAGGAACUGGAGCAGCAUAUGGCCAACAAGACGCUCACCGAGUGGCAUCUCUCGGUGGCUCCCUCAGUGUCUUUUACGCUGUGGCAGGACUGCUGUCGGGCUUAUGCCAAACAGAUGGAAGAAAAGGGCUUUAUUAUGCACGCAGCCACGUAUCUUUUUAGCCUGGGUAUGCAAUCGGAAGCCAUCGACCUGUUUUUGGCCAACGAGUAUUACAAAGAGGCCCUGGUCCAUGCCCGCAUAUGCUUGCCAGCAACGGAUCCUCUGAUUAAAACCAUAAUUAACAGGUGGCUCGAGAAUCUCGAGGGCACGGGCAAUUUCGCUGCAGCAGCCCUGAUAUGCGUACUGGACAAUGAGAUGCUGCGGGGCUACUCCUAUUUAAGGAAAUUCCGCAACUGCACGCCCGAGAUUGCCGAACUAAUGGAUCAAAUCAAGCGAAUUGGCCAGCUGAGCGGAGUGUUAGACGGUUGUGCUGCCAUCGAGCCGAUCCAAAAUGGAUCUACUGCCGAGCAUUAGGCCAAAAUUUAUCGCGGCUUAAGCAUAGUUUUAGCUGAAACAGGCUGUAUUAGUUUACUACACGUUUGAAAUUGCCCCGAAACAAUCAUGAAGCUAUUAUCAAUUAGCUAGGCAUUUAAAUAUUUUGAUCCAUGAAUUAAACUAAUUUUCAUACUUAUAGAUAGCCAGAGACUGACUGGAAUUGAAAUCCAUUUAAGUUGCCAUUUGAAUACUAUAUUUUAAUUUAAUUUACCCCAAUGAAAGGAGAAAAACACACAUAUAGAUAUAUAUAUAUAUCAAUGGCACAAUAGCUAGUAAAGAAACACACACAAAUUGAAUUUCGAAUAAACGAAAACGAGAGAAAAAGAAACCCCGGCGAGCGUUAAUUAGAACAGGCAGCUGUUCCAGCGGCCAAACCAUUUGUUAUCAGCCGUAAAAGCUGGUCCAAAACAAAAGUAUGACCGUUAGGCCUCAUUCUCGUCUGGGCUUUUGGCAUCAAAUUAUGCAAAUGCCCGGUUGGGUUGCCCAGCCCGCCGGCAGCUUCAUUGCCAGUUAGAAAUUAAGUUUUAAUUGUUGGAACAAGAGUUAGGGCGAGUGAACUUGCUGCUGCUGCACAUAGCAGUCAGUAAAAAGAAACGAAACCGACACAAAAAUGUAAAUCAACAAACGACACAGCCGAGCAGAGCUCUAGCUGUAGCUCGAAACUUACGGCUGGGAGUGCUCUUCAGUUGCCAAACAGACUUCGUAGCCGUCGCAGCGCUCGCAGAGUCGUUCGGCGAACGCAAGUUCGUUUCCUCAGUCUUUCGAUUUUCACUUUUAACCGUUUUGCGAGCGCGCCAACUUGAAGCAUACCGUUACGGCUUUUCACGAGUGCCAAGGCACAGGCACGGGCACAGCACAGCACAGCAUAACGGCAACGCAUUGGAUUGGCCUUUUCAUUUCAUUUCGAUUCGAUUCCAUUCCAUUUCCAUCGACUUCAUAAUAACAAUUUGCAUAACUUUGCCGCUGCUGCAUUGUUGUUUAUUCAUGCAUUCACUGUUGUCCAUUGUUGCACUUAUGCUAUUGAACUCGCAAUGCAGACACAGCAGCAACAGCAAAAGCAACAUAACGACAACAAUAACGAAAUUAAAUUAAUUUAAUUGCCCAAAGCGCGGUAAAUACAAUGCGAAAUAUUUUGAAAUGCUGCUCGCAUUUUUUCGGUCACACCAGGUUCACAGAAACGAUGUUUUGGGAUCUGCAUAAUUUCGUAAUCCUCGCCGCAUGGGUGUGGCAGUCAGUCAAGGGCGCUCCGCAAUCGCUUGCCACCUUUUCCCGGCGCUGAGUGAGUGCUAAAAACCCGUUUCAACAAAACCCGACGGCACUGCCCCCC